AUGGUUGCUCAAGACGUUGCCAAUGAGUCAAGGCAUAUCUCAGUAUCAAGGCCAAUGAGUCAAGGCAUAGACCCGCAUCCUCAUCCGACUCUUCAGAACAGAAGUCUUCGGUUUCAUCACCAUCAUUGGGCACAACACCUUCACCAGCUUCACCACCUGACGAGUAUCUGUUGUUUCCGAUUCCGUUGUCGUUGCUUCAUUCUACCAGCUACGGUGAUCAGAAAGGAAAGGGGCAUGAAAUUGAAGGGUUGUUGUGCUGCAGCCAUUCAAGAACCAAAAGCCCGUGACAUUGGGAGGAUAAUCGUUACGGGAUACGACGGUCAUGAAGAUGGGGAGGUGAAGAGUGCCUUGAGAGAGCAUUUCGCUUCAUGCGGAAAGAUCACUGAUGUGUACACUAAUGUGAGGAUUAAAGGAGGGAAAAUUGCUUAUGUUUAUUUUGUGGGAGAGGGAGCAGUAGAAAAGGCCUUGAAACUUGAUGGAAGUGAAGUUGCCGCCGGAGGCUGGAAAGUCUGUGCUGAGCCUUUUCCGUUUAAUGACGACAACCCUAUUACAGCAUAUAUCCGUGGAUAUGAUGACACUUGGCUUAGUGAUAGUAAGAUGGAGGUCGCGGUGAGGGAGUUUUUCUCUUCAUGUGGAGAGGUCCAGCUAGUUUCAUUCUUCAAGGAGAAGGGAUUCUGCUGUGUAGAUAUCAAGGGAAUUGACGCAGCAGAGAAGGUGCGGGAACUUGAUGGGAUCUACUUUGGAAACAAAGCAAUUGUUGGUCUUCUUACUAAACCACCAAGACAUAGUACCCACGAUCGUUUUCGUAAUUAUGGCCCCAGAUUACUGGCUGCGAAUCAUAUGACUGCCGAGUAG